AGCGCAUGAGAUUGAUUAUUCACGUGUUCACACUCACACAUUCGUCAUUCUCCAUAUCGAUUGUGCUGCUUGCAUCUUCAUCCUGCACGCCAAUCGCCCAUCGCCCCGCCCCCCCGCGCAUCCACUUCAUUCCCAUUCACAAGUCGCAACAACAACGCUCCACCAGCCCUCAAAUCCUGUCUCCUCCGCGAGAUGAGCACACCGGCACAUCCAGACGAUGCGCCCUCAGGCAGUAGCAGCAGCAGGUCUCCAACGCAGCGAGAGCAGGAUCUAGGCGUGUCAGCAGCAGCAGCAGCGACCACAGUCAGCAGCACCCCGCCUUCCAAUCCCUUUCCUUCGCGCAGCCAUUCCAAGACGUCGAUGCGCUCUCACUCAGCUACUGUAGCGCCGCCCUCGUUGGACAAGCGUGAGCGCAUGCUGGCAUUGGACUCGGGCUUGGACGAUGUGAUACAGAGGAAGAUGCUGUUGGUGAAUAGAAAUAUCACGCAGAUGGGUUUUGGCAGAUUCCAAAUGUGGAUGGUGCUGUUGAGCGGAUGCGGUUGGGCAGUUGACAAUAUCAUCUUUCAGUCGCUGUCCAUGUCGCUGCCUCAAGUCAAGUUGGAAUUCCAGCCAGGCCACGUGCAGUUCUUGACGCUGGCGCUCUAUGUCGGUCUGCUAUUCGGCGCCUUCUUUUGGGGCUUUGGCUCCGAUGUCGUCGGUCGGAAAUUGGCUUGGCAGACGACGCUGUUUCUAGGCUCGGUGUUCAUGUUGGUCGUGGGAUUCGCUCCAUCCUUUGCAGUGUUGGCCGUGCUGCUCGCCCUUGCGGGUUUCGGCAUCGGCGGAAAUUUGCCCGUCGAUGGCGCUAUGCUCAUCGAAUUCCUGCCUGGCGACAAGCAGUACAUCCUCACCGCCCUCAGCGCUUUUUGGUGCGCUGGCCAGCUCUUUGCUGCCCUGAUUGGUUGGGCCUUCAUCACCAACUUUAGAUGCUCCGAGCUGCCCUGUCCGCGCUCAGAGAACAUGGGCUGGAGGUACUCCUGGUUCACUGUCGGAGGCGUCACUCUCCUCCUGUGGGUUGUGCGCUUCUUCAUCUACCCCAUCCCCGAAUCGCCAAAGUUUCUGAUCGUCAAGGGAAGAGAUGCAGAAGCCAUCAGAGUGCUGGAUUUCAUCGCACACGCCAACGGCAGGCCUCACUCGCUCACACUCGACAGUUUGGCCAGGUGCGAAGAGCAGGAUCUCAAUAGCGCGGGCACAGGCACGGAAAUGGAUGCAGAAAAGCACGCUACUGCCUCUUCCGCCGAUCGAGUCGACGCUUCCCCUCCAGACGAAAAGGACCCAAUUGGCGUAGAGACCAGGUCCGAUGCGGGUACCGACGCACCAGCACAUCGCACUACUGCUGCUGCUUUUCCAAACUCCACCGAUCAGGCAGCACUUCGGCAGGCCUCUACCCGCGACAAAGAGAUGCGUGUGAGGCACCGGACAACAAGUUUCGCACUACGCCUGCAGAGAUGGAAAGCAGAGGUGAAGAGGGAGCUGAAGCGGAGCGCUUCGCAAUACGAUGCGGCCAGCUUCAAGAGCCUGUUCCACUCACCCAGAAUGACUCUCAACACGACGCUCAUAUGCGCUAGCUGGGGUUUGAUCGGAUGUGCUUACCCGCUGUACAAUGCCUUCAUCGCCCUGUACAUCUCCUCCGUUGGGGGAAGCGCCUCUUCACCAGUACAAAGCCAAGCGGAGCAGUACAGGGAUCUUGUCAUCAUCGCUGCCAUGGGCAUUCCAGGUAGCAUCAUCGCCACGGGCGCAGUAGAGCUACCCUAUCUCGGUAGACGCUUUGCCAUGGCAUUCUUCACGUUGCUCACUGGGGCCUGCUUGUUCGGCUUCACAUCUGCUCGUACGCCCAGCGCCGUAUUAGGUUGGAAUUGCGGCGCCAGCCUGUCUCAAAAUGCGAUGUACGGCAUCCUCUACGCCAUCACCUACGAAGUCUUUCCCACCCAUUCGCGCGGCACGGGAGAUGGAUUGGCCAUGGGUGUGCAGCGAAUCUUUGGCAUAACCGGACCGCUCAUCGCUGCCUACGGGUCGGACGCUUCUCCCACUACACCCGUUUUCGUCUCGGCUAGCCUGUUCGUUGGGGCCAGCGUCCUCAUGCUUGGCUUGCCGUACGAGCCUAGAGGGGUAGAGAGUCUUUGAGCGGCGUCCGCAGAGUGUCAGGCUGGAUCGCCAAAUGCAUCGUCGUCCUCGCGAACCCUUGUCUCACCUUUGUCACGGCAUGAUACCCACCCACCAGCCACGGUGAUAGAUAGAGCGGGUCCGUUUCGCAUGCGAGAGUGCAAGGUGCAGUACUCAUAACGAC